AUGGUGAUGUCACUAUGUGGAGAAGAUUUGAUGACCUUGAAAAGAAGUGCUAGAAAGCCAUUAUCAGAGUCGACUAUACUAAGAGUAGCUAUCAGCACACUCUAUGCCAUAAAACAGUUGCACGAAAUCGGCUAUAUUCACCGUGACAUCAAACCGGGAAAUUUCCUGAUUGGUCGAGUAGGACGAGAGAAACGAAUGAUGUUUCUAAUCGAUUACGGUCUGUUUGCGCAUUCUGGGUGA